AUGUCCAAGUCAUUCUCCAUUCUCGGCAAGAAUAUCAAAGCCAACUCUCCCGCCGACCUCGAGCCAUACCUUUCAGAGCUUCGCGCGAUGGAAGAUGUGGAGGAGGUGCACUUUGGAGGAAAUAGUCUCGGUGUCGAGGCUUGUGAGGCUGUUGCUGAAGCAUUGAAAGGAAAGAACAACCUCAGGAUUGCCGACUUUGCAGACAUCUUUACCGGCCGUCUGAUCUCUGAAAUCCCCCAAGCCCUCUCCCACCUCCUCUCAGCCCUCUCCUCCGUCACCUCGCUAGUCGAGCUCGAUCUCUGUGAUAACGCCUUCGGCGGCCGUCUGGCCGAGACCCUCGUCCCCUUCCUCUCCUCCCACACCCACUUCUCCGUGCUCAAACUCAACAACAACGGUAUGGGCCCUGCCGGUGGCGCUGAAAUCGCCAAGGCCUUGAAGCAGAAUGCCGAAAAGUGCAAGGAAGAGGGUAAAGAGGCGAGUUUGAGGGUGAUUGUCUGUGGAAGGAACCGUUUAGAGAAUGGCUCUGCCCCUUCUUGGGCAGAGGCUUUCAGGGCGCACCCUGGUCUGAGAGAGGUCAGGAUGCCGCAGAACGGUAUCCGUAUGGAAGGUAUCCAGGCCAUCGCCGAGGGACUGACAGGGUGCAAGUCCCUCGAACACCUCGAUCUUCAAGAUAACACUGCCACGAAAUCCGGCACCCGCGCUAUCGUAAAGUCUCUCCCGUCUUGGCCCUCGCUCAAGCACCUCAACCUUUCCGACUGUCUCCUCGGCAAGGCCGGGGGUAUUGCUUUGACCACUUCCCUCAGGGACGGAUCGAACCCCAAGCUUGAAAGCUUGAAGCUGCAGUAUGGCGAGAUGGACGGCACGUCUGUUGACAUUCUGGCCGAGGCUAUUGCCCAGCACCUCGAAAACCUCGAGGUGCUCGAGUUGAAUGGCAACAGGUUUGCGGAAGAGGACGAGUGUGUGGAGAGGCUCAAGAAGGCGUUAGAGGAAAGAGGCCACGAGGACGCCCUCGACGAGUUGGACGACAUGGAAGAGCCCGAGUCUGACGAAGAGGAGAGCGAAGAGGAAGGCGACGGUGUCGAUGAUGGAGAGUCUGAUGAUGGCAAGAUUCCUGCUGUCUCUGACAAGCAGACUGACGACCUGGCCGAUCUCCUUGAAAAGGUGCACGUCGAGAACAAGUAG